CGCAAAAAUGCUCAGUUCAAUCUCGAAAUCUAUCAACACUUCGACAAUCAAAAAGUCGAGUUCUCAAUUAACAGGCUCAAUCACCCCCUUACUGAUAUCCAAAACUUUAUCAAACUAUUGGUUAAAUGGUUUAUUACCAAAAUAUCAUUCAAGAGUCGCAUUAAUCUCCAAACAUGAACCAACUACCUCGAAUCCAGCAAGUUCAAAUCAAACUAUCAAAUGGACUUUUUCGGAGUUUGAUGAUCAAAUUCAUCGACUCGCUAAUGGUCUUUUGAAACUUGGUGUUCGAAAAGGCGAUCGAGUUGGAAUCUAUUCACAAAAUAAUAGUGCUUAUGCGACUUUACAAUGGGCGACUGCAGAAAUAGGAGCGAUCUUAACAACUAUCAAUCCAGCGUAUCAACCACUCGAAUUGAAAAAUGCACUCAAUAAAGUUCAAUGCAAGGUUUUAUUUUGUACCCCUUCAAUUCGUCGUCAAGAUACAUUAGCAAUUUUAAAAUCAAUUCAACUUGAAGAUACCCAAACUUUACCACAUUUAAAGUCAAUAGUUUUGAUCGAUAAUGAAUAUGGAAAGAAAGGUAGAUCGAUUGAUUCUGUUAUUUCUCAGCUUAGAGGUGGUUUGGAUUAUCGUGAAGUGCUUGUGAAGGAAUCAAACCGAGUCAAUCGGAUCGAUGAGACUCUUUUACCUGAUGACGUCAUCAAUCUGCAAUUCACUAGUGGUACAACUGGUCUACCUAAAGCAGCGGCUCUCACUCAUCACAAUAUAUUGAAUAAUGCUGUCCAGAUGGGAGAAAGAAUGAACCUUCAGCCUGAAGAUCGGGUUUGUAAUGUUCCUCCUCUCUUUCAUUGUUUUGGUUUAGUGAUCGGAAACCUUAGUUCUUGGAUUCAUGGUGCGAGGGUAGUAUAUCCAAGUGAAGGAUUCGAUGCUCAUGCAACGCUUAGGGCUAUCGCUUCUGAAAAAUGUACAGCCGUACAUGGAGUUCCUACGAUGUUCAUUGCUGAAUUACAAGCCCUCAAAGAAAUCGGUCCUUUAGAUCUUUCUUCACUGCGGACGGGCGUCAUAGCGGGUUCGCCAGUUCCAAAAGGGAUGAUAACCGAACUGGAACGCCACAUGAAUCUUACACAGAUGACGAUUGUUUAUGGCAUGACUGAAACAUCACCUUGCUCAUUUCAGACCUCUUAUGAUGAUAAGUCACCUAAGCGUAUGACAACAGUAGGUAAAAUCCUUCCACACCUACGUGCCAAGAUUCUUGAUCAAGAUGGAAACACACUUGAUUGUGGAGAAGCAGGCGAAUUGGUAGUUUCAGGUUACGCACUACAAAAAGGAUAUUGGGAAGAUGAAGUAGCCACAAAGAAAGCUAUGUAUAAAGAUGAAACCGAUGGACAAACUUGGAUGAGGACUGGAGAUUUGGGUAAGAUUGACGAUGAAGGGUACCUUUCCAUUAUUGGUAGGUCUAAAGACAUGAUUAUCAGAGGUGGUGAAAAUUUAAACCCGGUACAAAUUGAGGAUUGUAUUAACAAAAUUGAAGGUGUUGUGGAUUCUGCAGUUGUGGGGGUACCCGAUGACUUCUUUGGUGAAACCGUUGGAGUGUUUGUGAAAUGCAAUGGUCCAGUGGAGCGAUCACAGAUAUGUGAAGCAGUCACCACUCGACUUUCUCAUCAAAACUCGCCAAAAUGGGUUUGGUUCUUGGGAAAGAAAGAGGAAGUCGAAGAUCAAGAAUUUCCAUUGACUGCAAGUGGAAAAAUCAUGAAGGUUGAAUUAAGAAAGAUGGCAACUGAACUUUGUAAGAAAAAGAUUGGUAAAGUUUGAAAAAUUGAAGAUUCAAACAUUGGAUGAGUAUAAAUCAACCAAGGAGAAUUGGAAGUAUAUAAGCACGGUAAUGUUUGUAGGAUUGUAUUCAAAGUGUUUUGUUCAUUGAUUUGUGUGAGUAGUUUUUUGUUGUUUUGAUGGGUUUUGUUCUCGUUUUCGAAAGCUUGAAAGUAUAUCGUGAAAUUUGUUGUUGUGCAUAAUCAGUUUGGUUUGUCUUUGAUAUUUUUCAUUUUGAAAGAUUUGAUUAGAGGAUGAACCCAAUUUUCUUCUUGUGAUUGAUAUAUGUUGAUAUAACUUUGACAAAUACAAAUUUCUGUUCAUAUAUUGAUUUAUAUUGGUAUUUUGUAAAACAUGAUAUGUUGAUUUGGUCUUGAU